AUGGCACCUGUUGAAAGCACUCAUUUCGAGACUCUGCAGCUUCAUGCUGGACACGAACCAGAUCCUGCAACAAAUGCAAGAGCUGUACCAAUCUAUGCUACUACAAGCUUCACGUUCAAUGACUCUGCUCAUGGAGCUAGGUUGUUUGGCCUCCAGGAGUUCGGGAAUAUCUACAGUCGUAUUAUGAACCCAACUGUCGAUGUUUUCGAAAAGCGGAUUGCAGCUCUUGAGGGUGGACGAGGCGCUGUAGCAUCUUCCUCUGGCCAAGCAGCUCAAUUUAUGACCUUUGCCGCACUGGCGCAUGCCGGAGACAAUAUCGUAUCCACAACGAACCUUUAUGGAGGAACAUACAAUCAAUUAAAAGUCUUUCUUCCAAGGUUGGGCAUAAACACCAAAUUCGUCCAGGGAGAUAAAGCAGAAGACUUUGAGAAGGCUAUUGACGAAAAGACAAAAGCUGUGUUUAUUGAGAGUAUUGGAAACCCAAAAUACAACGUCCCGGACUUCGAGGCUAUUGCCAAAGUUGCACAUGACCAUGGAGUUCCUCUAGUCGUUGAUAAUACAUUCGGAGCGGGAGGCUUUUUCUGCCGCCCUAUCGAUCACGGAGCUGAUAUCGUUGUGCAUUCGGCGACUAAAUGGAUUGGCGGACACGGAACCACAAUCGGCGGCGUAGUUGUUGACUCUGGGAAUUUUGACUGGGGUAAAAAUGGCAAGCGAUUUCCAGAAAUGGUCGAGCCAUCAGAAGGCUAUCACGGGUUGAAAUUUUGGGAUACGUUUGGACCUGAUACUUUCAUCACUCGUGUACGAGUCGAGAUCCUUCGAGACUUGGGAAGUUCAUUGAAUCCAUUUGGAGCAUUCCAAUUGAUCCAAGGUCUUGAAACUUUGAGCUUGAGAGGAGAGCGACAUGCUCAGAAUUCAAUGGCAUUGGCAAAGUGGCUUGAGAAGAACCCUCACGUUUCAUGGGUUUCAUAUCCAGGACUUCAGAACCAUCCAUCCCACGAACUAGCUAAAAAAUACUUGCCCCGUGGAUUUGGUGGUGUUCUGAGCUUCGGGGUUAAAGGUGGAGGAGCUGCUGGAAGUCAGGUGGUUGACGGCUUCAAACUGAUUUCCAACUUGGCCAAUGUCGGAGACUUAAAAACUCUAGCUAUUCACCCAUGGUCUACAACCCACUUACAACUCUCCGAAGAUGAGAGAUUAGCCUCUGGUGUCACUGAGGAUCUUAUCAGAAUCUCGGUCGGCACGGAACAUAUUGAUGAUAUUACCAAGGACUUUGAGCAGUCAUUUGAAUCAGCUGCUGCGGUAAAGACGACUGGUGGUAACGAGUUAAACGCCGAGAAGACUGGUGAUGCUGGUGGCGAUGCCAAAUUGGUUGUUUAA